AAUUUCUUUUAGGCAUACGCGUCUCAAACCCCUAUUUUAAGACCAUGAUGCACCUCUCCCACUCACUCUUCCUGAAAACCAAAACAAAAACCACAUAGAAAGAAAAAAAAAAAACCACACCCAAUAAACCAAAACUCACAAACCCUCCAGACCCAAACCCACAACAACAACAACAACAAAAACAAAAAUGAUAGAAGAAAGACAAGCUGGUGCACCCUAUGGUGUCCUACUAGCUGUAGUUGUGGCCAUGAUACUAGCUGUGCCACUCCUUGUUGGUGAGCAAGGUGAGGCCAUCACUGAAGCCAUUUCUGAGCUCUUGAGCCCAGUUGGGCUUCUUCUCCUCCCAAUAAUCCUCCUCCUCACAAUCCAGUUCCUCUCCUCAGAUCGUGGCUCCUUCAUCUCUAGCUUCUUCUCAACUGGUGAGCCUGACACAAUCCAUAGGGUUAGUGGGUCACCCUUUGGGGUUGCACUAGUCUUGGUCCUCAUUUUGUUUCUCUUGUACAAUCGUUUCUCAAUCUUUGGUGGUGGUGAUGAUUCCGGUGAUUAAACAUGGUGUAUGGAUCUGGGUUUAAUUUUUGAGGCUGUACUUUCCUUUUGGUUUUUUUUUUUUUUUUUUUUUUAAUUUUUUAUUUUUGUUGUAUACGGUAUAAUAGGUACGUAGAUAUUUUGACUUUUUCUUUUGUUUUUUUUGUUUUUAAUUUAAAUUUUAUGUAUGAACAUGGAUAUGGGGUGGUUUGUAAUUUUAGGUAGAUUUAUCAUGUAUUAUUCUGAUCAUUGAGAAAUUUAUGUAGUGUUACAAAAUUACCCUUGAUGAAUUUGUUAUGUUAA